AUGCUGAAGGUGGGCGAUGGCAACACCGGCGCUGGCGGCGACAUGUCGCUGACGGCUGGCAAAACCACCGCGGCAUCGGCGGUUGGUGGUGCUAUGUCACUGACUGCAGGCGCUGGCGCAGGCGCUGGCGGCGCAGUGACGAUCACGACAGGUGUUGGCACCGCAACCGACAGCGGCGCGAUGACGCUGUCGACCGCUGCAGGUGGCACAUCUGGCAACAGCGGUGACGUGUCCAUGAAGACCGGCGCUGGCGGCACCACCGGCAACAGCGGCAAAAUGGAGCUCGCCACGGGCGACUCCCAGACCGCUGGUGCGAGCGGCGACAUCUCGAUCAGCACUGGCAGCGCCGUUGGCGGCAACGGCGGCGACAUCACGCUGAGGGUUGGCGAUGGUGACACCGGUCCUGGCGGCGACAUGUCGCUGACGGCUGGUAAAACCACCGCGGCAUCGGCGGUUGGUGGUGCUAUGUCACUGACUGCAGGCGCUGGCGCAGGCGCUGGCGGCGCAGUGACGAUCACGACAGGUGUUGGCACCGCAACCGACAGCGGCGCGAUGACGCUGUCGACCGCUGCAGGUGGCACAUCUGGCAACAGCGGUGACGUGUCCAUGAAGACCGGCGCUGGCGGCACCACCGGCAACAGCGGCAAAAUGGAGCUCGCCACGGGCGACUCCCAGACCGCUGGUGCGAGCGGCGACAUCUCGAUCAGCACUGGCGGCGCCGUUGGCGGCAACGGCGGCGACAUCACGCUGAAGGUGGGCGACGGUGACACCGGCCCUGGCGGCGACAUGUCGCUGA